UUGAUUGAACAGGAUGUUGAACGUGGGUCUGGCGCCGGAAGUUUUCUUGUAAACAUAUCUCUGAGCAGACAUCUAUUUCCUUUUCCUUAUUAGAGUCUGGCACAUCCGUUUUGAUUCCACAAUAACAUUUAUGCCAAUACCCCUACUUUUCAGAUAUGAAAUUUCAAAGAUUGAAUAUGGCCCCAUUCGCCACCAGUUCUUUAUUUCUCCACAGCCGCCAUUUUAUACCUGACCUUAUUUUAUCAACUUCUUUUUGUUGUACUUGUAGGCUUGUCGACAUUAGAAAUGAAGCGGGCGGCUUCACCAGCGGUGCAUGAGGAAGACACUUCAGAUCAAAUUGACACUUUAGAAGGUCAAUUAGAAAUUGUUCAGGAUGAAAAGCGGCCAAGAACUGAGGAAGUUUGUCUUGAGGAAGGAGUUGUUUAUGCUGAAGAGGUCAUCCAUCAGCAGCCCGCACCAAGCUAUCAAAACCUCAUCAUUCAACAUAUGGACAUAGCUGAACCAUUAAUGACAUUAAAGAGAUUAUUAGAAGUUAGACUUCAGUGUUCACUAGCAGACCAUGAAUUUUAUUUACAAGAUUCUGUACCUUUGGAUCAAGAUAAGAGUUUAGUAGAACAAUGUGUACAGGGAGAAGGAAUGGUACAGAUUAAUUUAGAGGUUAAAUCUCAGCCAGGAGUAAGUCCGAAGAUUAAUAUCGUUGAUAUUUUGAAAACAGCAGAUGAAGUUGAAGAGCAAAUUGAAGAGGCACCUGCCACUACACUUGCUACCACAUUACAACAAGCUAUUCAACAAGCACCCGUUCCAGCGGUGCCUAAUUCCACUAAGGUUGUUAUUCCUUUACCUGAAGAGAGUGAGAAUGUUACAAGGUGGAUUGUAGAUCAAAAUUUCAGAAAAGAACAAGAAAGACUGAAGAUACCAUUUGACCCAAUGCAAUGGAAUGAAGUUCAUGUUAAACAUUGGAUACAAUGGGCUCUUAAAGAAUUUGGAUUACACGACGUCAAUCCAGACACAUUUAAUAUGACAGGAAAACAAUUGGCUGAAAUGACUCAUGCAGAUUUUGUAAAAUAUGUGCCUUCUGAUCCAAACGAUGUCUUCUGGACUCAUUUAGAAUUAUUGAGAAAAUGUAAAUUUGUUGCUGUAAUGCAACAACCAACACCACAUGCUAUAACAACAAUAACAGUAUCUACCACUGAUAAUGAAGGCAGGAUAAAGAGUGUUACUAAGCAUCAGAGAUCUCGUUCGCCUCGUAUAACCGGAGAUGAGAGGUUAUCUCCGGGCAACAGAACAGGUAGGGGAAAUAAUGGGCAGAUACAAUUGUGGCAGUUUCUACUUGAACAAUUAACAGAUAAAGAUUGUAGAAGUAUUAUUUCAUGGGUCGGGGACGAAGGGGAAUUUAAACUCAUCAACCCAGAAAUGGUAGCUCAGAUGUGGGGUAAACGUAAAAAUAAACCAACAAUGAAUUAUGAAAAAUUAAGCCGAGCUUUGAGAUAUUACUAUGAUGGAGAUAUGAUAGCAAAAGUACAUGGGAAAAGAUUUGUGUAUAAGUUUGUUUGUGACCUGAAAAUGUUGUUAGGUUAUAAUGCUGAAGAACUAAAUAAUCUCGUCAAUGAAUGUGUUUCUAAAAAAUAUAUCGAAAUGCCUCUUCAUCAGUUACACCAAAUAGCACCUGGAAAAUAUAAGACAUUAUGUAUUAAACGCGGAAUUGACCAAAAAACCCAAACCAUGUGAAAUCCUGAUUCCUGUAAAUUCCUUCAUCCAAGAGCCUUGAAAUAAUUCCAAUCUCCUUAAAUAAUUCUUUAUCAGUGAAAUAUGCCCAGAGUUUGAACAGAUAAUAGAUAGUUGGUUCUCUUACAAAAAGGAUUAUGUUUCAAGGGAGAAAAUUUCAGGUACAAAUGAAAAUAUUCUUUGAUAAUAAUUAAAGCUACCAUGACAUGACAUUAUUAUUGAGUUUUAGAAUGCUCUGUUUAUUUUUAUAAGUGUAGAUUCUUUAACCGUAACAUAUUACUGUUGACCCUUUAUUUACCUCUUUACAUUUUAUUAGCACAUUCCUGAUUUAGGAAAAAAAAAAUUCUCUCAGACCAAAAAUAUUGAUAGCAUAUUGUUAUUGUACUAUUGAGUUUACUAAAAUAAUGUUAAGUGUUUUGACCUGUGACAAGUUUGUAAUAAAUGUUCUAAUAUAUACUGGGUAUAUAGCAAUACACUGUGGUAAAUAUAUCAUACUGGUACUGCCGUAUGAUUGAUUCAGCAGUUCUUGUAAAAUGGGAGAUAACUCCACCAUUUUAAGAACCGCAGCUCACAGUUUUGUCCAAUUGAUGAUUGUUAAGUUACAAUCAAUUGAAAUGGAUUGGUAGUUCUCAGGAAUAAGGCCCUUAAAAUGACUGAAAUAGAUUUUAAGAUUAUGUAACCUCUGGUAAUUUUCAUUUUUAUGUAUUUGAACCAUGAGCAUUCUAGUUGAUAGUCCAGUGCCCAGACGGAUCAACCAUCCACGGCCCCGAGCACCUCAGAGAAUACAAUUAGUUUAAAUAUACUUGAUUUAGUUGUUUGUAUUUAAAGUAUUAUAACAUAAUAGUGUCUUCAAAUGGUAAAUUUAACAAUCUAUGAAAACAAGUGCUGGAAUAUUUGUUACUGGCUUGCGCAAGUAUUUUAUAAAUCAAAACAAACUAUGUUAUAGUGUGUUGGGUUUUUUUUAAAACACCAGCACUCCAGACUGUUCUGCUCUGACUGGGCUAAUGAAGACGGGAGCUUGAAUAUAGAUAUCAGUUUAAAGAUUAAUCGUUGUACAAAAAGCCGAAAGAUUAAUCUUUGUUAUUAAAUCAUGUUGCCUUAUCAUUCAAUGCAUUUAUUGUGUACAUAUUGUUUAUAAAUAUAUUUUCAUCAUAUCUUACAUAAAUAUCAUCCUCAUCAUCAUUUAUUUCAUAGCAUCCUUACAAGGUUUUCUUCAUUUCUAUCAAAUAUGUAAAAAAAAAAACUGUUCUUUAAGAGAUUUAUCAUGUACAUAAAAAUGUACUCUUUUUUUUUUCUUUUUUUUUACCUUUAAGACGUUUAUUUUUCUUACGAUAAAUCAUUUAGACAUCCUUACUAAAUGUGAAGAUCACAAAGAUUUUGUUUUCAGUUUACAAACUGAAGCCUGAAAAUUUAGACUAAAUGGUAAAUACAUACUUUUAAAACCAUAAACAUUUAAAAAAAUUAAAUUUAAAUCUGUUUUGUAAUUGAAUAUCAUCAAGUUUUCUGUAAUAAAUUAGCCCAUUUUUGGUGUUCCAAAACAGCUCCUGAUCUAUUUCUUAGAACUUACAAAAUACACCAUACAUUACUGUAAUGCUUGUCUUUGAAUUUAUUAAAUAUUAUAACAGGAGGUUAUUUGGAUUUCCAACAUUUAUCAGAAUUUUCAUAAUUAUGCCAAAUUGAUCUCUCUGUAUAUAAUUAGAUUGGGAUUCAUGUAAAAACUAUUUAUUUCCUAAUAGAAAUAGUAUUAGAAUUGAUAAAGUGGUGCUUUAUAAAUACUGGUAAUAAUACAGAUGUUCAGUAUCUAGUUGUUAUAGUUUCUCUCAUUGUAAAUAAAUCAUAUUAUUAUAAGUAUAA